AUGCCGUGGGCUCCUCCUCCCACGCCGCCUCCGCCUCCGCCUCCGCCUCCAGUCCCAACAAACGUUGGACAGUUACAGCUGCUGAACAGGAUGCUGGAUAUAAUAUCCCGGCCAGAAAGCAGCCAACCGGGGAUCCGCAUCAAAGGCGCAGCGACCGAAGACGAAACCACGAGGAAGCGAUCAGCAUCGGCAUACGAGGUCGAUGUUGAGACAGACACCCCUCAGCAAGCCAGAACAGGCCGGCCUAUUGCGAUGCCCAGAAGGCAGUUUGCGAGGGCACGAACUCCCACACCAAGGCAGAUGCAGCCAGCCCCCGCCCGGCCAACGCAGCCAGCCUCGACGCAACAGUUCUUUGCGGAUGCGCAAGCACGCAACAACGAAGAGCAUGCCAGCAGCUCUUCGACGAUUGCUGGGGCCGUUGGCAACGGGGUUCAUGACAUGUUGGAUGUCGAUGAUAUGCCUGAUCCCAAUGAGGACUGGCCUCAGCACUCUUGGUCUGCGCAGACUUACGUCCGUUUUCCUUUCUUCUAA